AUGGCUGCUGCGGUUGGAGAUCUGCCCAGCACGUGGCUUGUGCCCCACGUGCUCGAAACGUUUCCCGAACACCACGUGAUAGACACCACGGACGGUAAACACGUGACACUCGAACGCACAGUACACGUGACUGACGACGACUUUGGUGCUCGCCAAUUGUCCCGUCAGAAGUUGGAACAGCUGCUGGCGCUUGUCGAUGCCAACCUGGGUGCGCUCUACGCGGCUUUCGCGGGCGACAUCUACACGAAGCUCACCUCUUCGUCGGGACGGCCGUGUUCGGCCGCACAAUGGCAUCCGCUCAAGCGGGGCGAGAUGAGCACACCAGGUCUGGUAUAUGUGAUGUACCACGAUGCCAGCGACGCCAGCGGUGUGCCGCUGGCGUUCGCGUCGCUGCUUUUGACCCAUGAGCCUGAGUUGGAGAUGGACGCCCGUGUGGUGUACCUGUACGAACUGCACGUGUCCGAGACGAUCCAGAACUGCGGCUUGGGCACGUGGAUAAUGCGUGACUGCGUGUCCGGGCUUCUGCGGCGUCUGGGCGUGUGGGUGCCGGGGUUCCGCGGAUUAGAGCUCACGGUGUUCCGUGCCAACACGCAGGCGCUGCGUCUUUACCGGGAUCGGCUGGGCAUGCGGCCGGUGCCGUGGUCGGCGUGCGUCGCGGAUCAGAGCACGGUUUCGGCGACGGAUGCGCAACCGACGAUCCGCCGCACACGUUCCCGUACAUAUCGUUAUGCGUUACCAAAUGCCGGUCACAAUAGUGCUCGUCGUCGCGCGCGGCAACCAGAAGUACUACCCGCGUUCUGCAUUUUGUUCUGGGACGGCUGUUCGUGA